CGCCGACUCUACAGUUCUGCUGUCCAAGAUCGCAUUUGAACAUGAAGUGGCGCAGAGCAACUCAGAGCCAAAGCUUAAUGUCUCCUUCUCUGGGCGGCAAUAAGUUCUUUUCCUCGUUCUACACCCGUCUACAAGGUCUCUGCUUUGAUACGAAGCUGCACCGUGCUUCAUGAGUUGCGGCGCCAGCUUUGUCUGCAUAGUCUUUCCAAAACAGUGAUCUUCGAGAGCUGCAAAGGUGUCUUCUACUUUUGAUCCUAUUUGAAGCCUCAUAAUACACCUGCGAACCCGAAAAGGACCCCAGGGCUGAUCCUUGCGUGGAAUCAUCCUUCACUUUCGCCCCGCGCACCUGCACCAAGGCUCCAGCUCAUCUAUAGGGUUUCACGAAUAGCUCAAUCAAGGUUGCUCUUAGAAACUGAAGGCUAGGCAGCUAGGUGUCAUCAUAUCUUGGUGGCAGGGGCGCAGGGGGUGGGGGGAUGCCCCCCUUUGAUCUGCUCUCCCCUGGGGGUCCGCGAGAGCUGUGGCGAAGGAUAUGUAUGGAAUGGGUGGUCGAGUGGCCGCUCCUGGUUGACCGGUGGAAGAUCAUCCUGGCUGGAGUCGUUUUCCAGUACAUGCACGGCAUUGGCGCGCGCUUUGCCCACUAUCUCCACCGCCCAGGCCCUCUCCUUCACGAUGUCGGUUUUGAGCUGAUCCCGGAGCUUGGAAAGAAGAACAUCUACGUCAGCGAGACCGUCUUCAGCGGGUGGUUCGUCUUCUUUGUGCUGUGGACGUUCCACCCGUUCUUCCUGCCCAACAAGCGCUUCUACACCGUCUUCAUCUGGCAGCGAGUGCUCACAGUCCUGGUGAUUUGCCAGUGCCUGCGAAUAGCCUCUUUCACCGCCACGCAACUCCCUGGACCAAACUACCACUGUCACGAGGGUUCGCCAUGGGCCACUCUCCCGGUGCCCCACUCCUUCAAGGACCUCUUCUUCCUUAACAUUGCGCGCGCGGGCAUGUUUGGCUGCGGCGACCUGAUCUUCUCCUCGCACAUGUCGUUCGCGCUCGUCUUUAUGCUGACCUACAACAAGUACGGCACCACGCGGCUGAUGAAGAUGAUUGGCUGGACGCUGGUCACGUGCCUGGGCCUGCUCAUCAUCGCCUCCAGGAAACACUACAGCGUCGAUGUCGUUGUCGCAGCGUACGUAGUUCCGCUCGUGUUCAUCGCAGUUGACAAGUACAUCUCGGAAGCAGAGAUUGACCGGUCUGCUCUGCCGAGCCCCGCUCAGGCGGGGUCGUUCCGCUUGGACAGCGACGACAAGCAGUUUCGCCAAGACUGGGACCUGGAGAAGAACGUCGUGGAGGGAGACUCCUACAAAGUGGAGUCGCGGCAACGGAUGCCAAACGGGAAGACGCUCCCGGACAUCAAGGUUGGCAACCCCGCUGAUUCGUCAAAAGUAACCCGAGCUACAGUCAAGGGCCCCCGACGUGACUCUGAUGGGAGUCAAGGGUUUGCGGCGCCUAGCCAUUUAGGUCGUACAUCAAGCACGCAUGAUUUGGACUCUGGCAGGAUAGCCUCCGAUCGGCCUUGAACUUCGUUCAGUAAGACAGGUACUUCUAUAAGUCUAAGUACCUAUAGUCCUUGCUUUUGACGCUGAUUACUAGCUCGCAUAUGCAUAAAAAAUGUUUUGUCAAAAUUCCUGCGGUAUAUAAGGUAGAAUCCAGCUUGUACACAGUCUGCUGUACUGCGAGCUUGAUUUGCGAGUCAAUCAUUAU